CGAGAUGAAAGAAGCGGUAGUAGUUGUAGUCGUUUUAAAGUAGAUUAUGUACCAGAGAGACAUGGAGGAGGACAUCAGAAAGAAAGGCAUGCUAUAUGUGCAGCAGCAAAGAUUUGGGAAGAAGUGGAGAAAAGUCUGGUCUAUUCUGUACCGAGAAAGCUCCUGCUCCAUCUCACGACUAGAGUUUUUCGAGUGUAAAGAUGGCGGCACCGGCACGCUGGAGAAGUCCAAAUGCAAGCAGGACAACAAAAAGAUUAUCAGACUGAGCGACUGCGUCCGUGUGUCCGAGGCCGCGGACGUGGACGGAUGCCCAAAGGACUGCAAGGCUUUCCUGAUAGAAACGACCGAGAAGACGUUUGUCUUUGCUGUAGAAAUGGUUGAAGUCGAAGACUGGAUGCAGAAACUGUGUGAAAUUGCAUUUCCUAUGAACUGGAGUGAAAGAGGAGCGACGAGAAGGAACAGUUUACUUCCGGACUCCGACGACGUCUCCAUGACGGACAACUCGCUUUACUGCGGGAAAGAAGCCGCCCUGAGGGACUUCAAGGUGGUAAUCAGACGUACGGAUGCUGCGGAGCGGUGUGGGCUGAAAGGACAUUACUUGCUCCGUACAGACUUUGAAAGCUUGCUCCUGAAAGAGCCCAAGACAGGAGAAGUGUACUUCACAUGGCCUUAUCGGUUCCUUCGUAGGUUUGGACGAGACAAGACAACGUUCUCUUUUGAGGCCGGACGAAGGUGCGACUCUGGUGAAGGCAACUUUGAGUUUGACACCAAACAAGGCAACGCCAUUUUCCAGAGCGUGGAAGCCUCCAUUAACUUACAGAAAGCAGGAAUUUCACAGCAACAGUCUUCAAACGGCGCUCGAGAUCGAGAUACUUUACCUAUGCCACCCAAAAUAACUCCACCCACAGAGGACGGCUCCAGUACCGUCUACAGCAUGCUGAGUGAAACUGCUAUGAAGGACAAAGCCAGACAAUCACCGCCGCAUCGUGCAAGACUGGAAACACCUACAGAUAAACAUCUGACCGCGGUUAAGAGCUUAAACAUUGACACACGGCCAAUGCCAAGAAAGAACCAGGUGAAGAACUUCCGGAGCUGUCCUAUAGCCAACACGGAAGAUGAAGCCUAUUCUCAGGUCACGGCACCACUUUCAGAUAAAGAGAUUCCAGACCGAGUCGUGCAUGAAGAGCAACACCAAAUGCUUCGUCCUUGUUCCAGUUCCCCAGACACAGAGUACUCGCUUCCGUUUGACAGCAUUGCCAAGAACAACAUGAUGGACAUUUUAGCAUCGUCACAUUUGGGACCAUCGAAGGUAGUGGAACCUUGUUUGAGUGAUGAAACUAGAGACGAUAACGAGAAGACUGCGGAGCCACUUUAUGAUAGCAUUGAUGAGUCUGCCAUCAGGUCUUUCCCACAAAAACCCAAAAGACAUGCAAGUAAAUAUCCAGUGGAACACAUUUAUGACGAACCUGAAGGCUGCGCCACGAUGCCUCCAGCAGCGCUCUACGAUGACCCCAAAGAAGUCCGCGGUAACGCAUGGAAGACCCUGGGCGCUGUACAUGACCCAAGCGGACACGAGUUCCCUUACAACGCACACGUGGAUGACUACGCCGUUCCCAAACCUCCCAGGAGAGCCAGAAUUCCUGAGCAGGAAAGAGAGAGAGGAGAGAAAAGCCGGAGGACAGGAUUACAGGCUGAAGAUGAAGAGGAUUCGUCUCCGUAUGAUAAUGUGAUGAUGAAACUGAAAACUAGUUCUAUAAACGAAUAAACCAGAGCAAGUGGUGUGUGAAGAAAUCACCAUGUUGUUCUUCAGUUUUCUGAUAUUGAACAGAAAAAGACUGUAGAACUUUCAGCUCCUACAACCAAGCCUUAAUGUGUACGGAUGAAAUCCUCUGAGUCACAGUUAUAACCACACAGCUGAUUAUUUUCCUGUAAUAACACAACACCAAGUGUUUUAUUCCUCUUAUACAUCAGCUGUCUGCGAGCCGUGAUACAUUUCUAUUUAUUAAAGAACAACACCUUGUAAUUUUUAUCCAUUUUAAUAUUUAAGCACAUCCACCAAGCACCCUGUUUCUUCCUGCUACCAUGUUAGAUAAAAACAAACAAACAAACAAACAAACAAACAAACAAACAAAAACGCAUUACUGAGAAACUGUAAAAAAAAAAAAAAGUAGUUCGAGCUUCACCUCUGACUGUAUCAAAGCUCUGGCACUGGAAACUCCUGCCAUACACGUGCAUUUUAAAGUGUUUAUACGGCGCGUCUCUGGAACGAACCCCUGAGAACCAGCUGUUACUAUGGAAACAAGCGCAUCAUUCUAUAUUAAUAUGAACCCGUGACUUAUGGAACUAGCUGCACUACUGUCAGAGCUGCUGUUAGAGAAAACGAAUCGCAGCCUUCUGACCAAUCAGCAUCCAGAACUCAGCGGGAAGGAAACUUUCAUUUUAGACCAUAGUUACAAUCAGAGUGCAAUUUGUACGUAGAACCUGGUGAGUUAAACCAUGUGACCAGGAUGUAAGGACUGAUUCUGCUAGAAAUAUUGUAUUUAAUGUCAACGUUGUUAUAGUGCGAUGAUGUAGAUUAUUACAGUUGUGUAAGAGAUUGUGUACCACAUGUUUUUUUCCACAGCAGCUGAAGCACACACUCAUUUCUUCCAGCGUGAUUGAUGUGGAAAUUUCAGCUUGGUGUUUCAGGGCAACGCGGCUGAAACCACAGUGACCUUCUGCAGAGAAUUCAGAGGCUACAAACAGCAGCAUAACACAGUCGGACCUGAAGCCGGCGCUUUAUUAACCACUUCUAUUUGCUGAUUUCUGUUAUCAUGUUGAGGGUCAGGGCCAGUUCUAGUUCCAGUUCUCUCACACACACACACACACACACACACACACACUGACUGAAGUCAGCGGUUCUCUCUUCCUUUCUGUGUGUUGACGCCUUGUAGACUUUACGGCUCGUGUGGACUCUCGGACUGAUGGGUUUAUUUUCAGCAGUGUGAAUGGUGUCAAUAAAAAGCUGAACAAACUGAA